GGUGGGAUUUCAAAUGUUGCGCUACUGAAGUUGAUGGUCGUUUUUCGCUGGACAGCAGCACAUAGGCCUUUUGAUGCUGUAAUCAAGAGGCUUACACAUUCCAGUGUUUAUUUAUCACGCCUCCCGGACCACGAAUGUAAACAGCUUUUACAAAAUGCUUUGGGAGAUAUACAGUUGAUAGUGUCCGAAAUUAAACAUAGUCUUUGUUCAUCAUUCCCAGCCUUCCAAGAUUUACUGCGUUACCAGUUCGAAUCUCAGGGAAAGCUCGUUCGUCCACUGCUUGUUACUCUCGCAGCAGCAUGCGCAAAUUCGCACAAAGAAUGUAAAGCUUCUUUUGUUGUAAGACAUAAAUCAUUUGCAACAAGUCAUUCUAGGAACCUGGCUCAUCUAGUCUCGCCCGAACAACAUGAGAUUGCCAAAAUCACGGAAAUGAUCCAUACAGCCAGUCUUAUUCACGAUGACCUGAUUGACUCAGCAUCGGUCCGGAGAGGUAAAACAUCGGCUUAUAGAGCCUUUGGACAUAGAGAGGCGGUUUUAGGAGGCGAUUUUAUACUGGCACACUCAUCGCGUUUAUUAGCUCAGAUAGGGAAUACUGGAGUAAUAGCUGUCCUUUCUCAAGUUAUUGAAGAUCUAAUUCGUGGUGAAAUGAUGCAGCUUGCACCCAACAGCGAUGAUGAUGAUAAACGAUUUCAAGCUUAUCUGACCAAGACCUACCGAAAAACAGCGAGCCUUAUUGCCAACAGUUGUAAAGCAGUUGCUAUGUUGACUGUUCCAACACUUUCACAGCACCGUAUUGAUAAUAUGUACGAAUUCGGAAAACAUUUAGGAAUGGCAUUUCAAUUAAUCGAUGAUGUAUUGGACUUUGUCACCGAUGAAGCAAAUUUGGGCAAACCUAAUCGAGCGGAUCUACAAAUGGGUCUUGCAACUGGACCUGUGUUGUUUGCUGCGCAACGAUAUCCUGAGUUAAAUACAAUACUUCUGCGUCAAUUCAGUCUAGAUGGGGAUGCUGAAAGAGCUUUAGAGUUAGUUCAACAGUCAGAUGGAGUUGGUCAGACUCGGAUGUUGGCUGAAUUUCAUUUCCAGGCAGCUCAACGGUGCUUAUUUCAAUUCAGGGAUUCUUUAUCAAGAAAAGCGCUUCUUCAUAUUGCAGCGAAUUUCUUACAACGUGAUCGAUAAAAUCGCAUUUUCUUCAAUCAAAUCCUAUCUCACACUUCUUUCUGCUGUUCGGUUGUUGAACUAUCAAUAACUCCAUUUGUUUAUUUUUUGAGACUUGCACUAGUAAUACCUAAAGGAUGGUACAGCAUACUAAAGUAGUAGAUAUUUUUUUAAGUCUAUCAUUAUUACUUUGUUAUCUACUUUAUACAUUAAUAUACAGAAAAUAUUUCCGUGAUAUGUGUAGAUAGUUCACCUUUCUUAGUAUAUUAUAUUAGUAGUAUUCCGUAACUUAUUUACAUAAGCGUUCAACCAGAUUGUUAUUUUUGAAAAUUGAUCUUCCAGCGUUCGUUCAGAGCAGUAUCACGUGUCAAAUCUAUUGUGAACUACAUCUCUUAUUGCUUUUUAUACAUUACUCUAUAGAGAAUAAAUGGUCCUUUAGUUGUAUUUACG